AACAGUAGAGAAAGUGGUAGCUACAUUCCCAUUAACCGCAAAUUCAUGGAAACAAGCAGCUGCACUGUGAUUUCUCCUCGACGAACGAUCAGAAUGAAAUUACAUCAGUUUCUUCCGUGGGGCGAAGUGCUCUAACGAAGACUGCUUUUAAGUCACAGCGGUCAGCAGUGAUUAAGAAAAGAAAUGCUGCUGUUUACGUUAUCUGGUGGAAAACACGUUUACUCACUGUGACAUUUCGCGUUUUUCCCUCUGCUGUAUUCUUUUGUCUUGAGGUGGAUGUCUUUUAGACACGGUGUUCCGUUGUCUCCGCAUCCUCUAGCAUGGACUUGUUAGCGUUGACGCCAGUAUAAAAGCUACCUGCAAGGACGUGAGCAGUCCGUCAUGAAAAUGAUGCAUCAUGGAAUGUGAGCGUCUAAACUUUAAGCAACAAUCCCACGCCGCGGAGAGUAAAAACAUGGAGGUGAGGCUAUAACCGACUGAGGCUGAUGAAAAAGAGCCUCCCUCAGCUCGUUUUUUGUGUGAAUGUUUGACUCUGCUGGUCGUGGCCGACACACGCACCCAAAGGACCUGCAGGGGGACGGGACGUCAGUGUGUGUGGUGAUGCUUCUUCUCUAUUUUUUUUCUGGUGUCAGUUUUGGUUUCUCCAGCAAGAUCUGCGCUAUUCCGCAAUGGCUCGAUUUGAAGACGAACUGUCCAGCCGCUAUGGAGGCGGCUGUCCCGCAGCCCCUGCCAGGGGAGGCAGCCGGCAGCCGGGGCCUCCGGGUGGCCAGAGGAUGUACAAGCAGACGAUGGCCCAGAGAGCCAGGACCAUGGCCAUUUACAACCCAAUUCCAGUCAAACAGAACUGCCUCACCGUCAACCGCUCUUUGUUCAUCUUCAGCGAGGAUAAUGUCAUACGGAAAUAUGCCAAAAAGAUCACCGAAUGGCCUCCAUUUGAGUACAUGAUCUUGGCCACUAUUAUAGCAAACUGCAUUGUGCUGGCCUUGGAACAACACCUACCGGCCUCAGACAAAACCCCAAUGUCAGAGCGUUUGGAUGACACAGAGCCCUAUUUUAUUGGAAUAUUUUGCUUUGAGGCUGGCAUCAAGAUCAUUGCCCUGGGCUUUGCCUUCCACAAAGGCUCCUACCUGCGUAAUGGCUGGAAUGUAAUGGACUUUGUGGUGGUCCUAACAGGGAUCCUGGCCACUGUGGGGGCUGACUUUGAUCUGAGAACACUGAGGGCGGUGAGAGUGCUGCGACCACUCAAACUUGUCUCUGGGAUUCCAAGUCUUCAGGUGGUUUUAAAGUCCAUCAUGAAAGCUAUGGUACCACUGUUGCAGAUUGGCCUGCUGCUCUUCUUCGCCAUCCUCAUGUUUGCCAUCAUCGGCCUUGACUUCUACAUGGGGAAAUUUCAUCGCACGUGUUUCCGGAUUAACACAAGUGAGCAGACGGCAGAUUUCCCCUGUGGCUAUGAAGCUCCAGCAAGGACCUGUGCCAACGGCACUGUCUGUAGGGAGUACUGGAUCGGACCCAACUUUGGCAUUACCAAUUUUGACAACAUCCUCUUCGCUGUUCUCACCGUUUUCCAGUGUAUUACAAUGGAGGGAUGGGUGGAUAUCCUCUACAAUGCCAAUGAUGCCUCAGGGAACAUGUGGAACUGGCUGUACUUCAUCCCUCUCAUCAUCAUCGGCUCUUUCUUCAUGCUCAACCUGGUGCUAGGUGUGCUGUCAGGGGAAUUUGCGAAGGAGAGAGAGCGUGUGGAGAAGAGGCAAGAAUUCUUGAAGCUUCGCCGACAACAGCAAAUAGAGAGAGAGUUAACUGGGUACCUGGAGUGGAUCUGCAAAGCAGAAGAAGUGAUGCUGGCAGAGGAAGACAAGAACGCAGAAGAGAAAUCUUUGGAUGGAGCAUGGUACAAACGAAAACACAACAACUCUGUGCUAAAACGGACCAGGAAGAGUAAGAAUGAUCUCAUCAAUGCAGAGGAAGGGGACGACCAUUUUACUGACAUCUCAUCUGUUGCUCCAACUGCCCCCCCAGGGUCGCCAUAUGCUCGGGCAAGUGUGAAGAGCAAGAAUGAGAGUUCAUCUUACCUCAGGAGGAAAGAGAAGAGGAUUCGCUUCACCAUCCGGCGCCUGGUUAAAUCCCAGAGCUUCUACUGGACAGUGUUAUGUCUAGUUGGCCUAAAUACAUUGUGUGUAGCUAUAGUACACUAUGACCAGCCUGAGUGGCUUACCUAUGCACUAUACCUUGCGGAGUUUGUAUUCUUGGGCCUGUUCCUGGUGGAGAUGUCUAUGAAAAUGUAUGGUCUUGGACCCCAGAACUACUUUCACUCCUCUUUUAACUGUUUUGACUUCGGGGUGAUCAUUGGCAGUAUUUUUGAGGUGGUCUGGGCAGCCAUGAAGCCUGGGGCUUCAUUUGGAAUCAGUGUCCUGCGAGCACUGAGACUGCUCCGGAUCUUCAAAGUCACCAAGUACUGGAACUCAUUGAGGAACCUUGUGGUAUCCCUACUCAACUCCAUGAAGUCCAUUAUCAGCCUGCUGUUUUUGCUCUUCCUCUUCAUCGUGGUCUUUGCUCUGCUGGGUAUGCAGCUCUUUGGUGGCCAGUUUAAUUUUGAAGACGAAACACCGACAACCAAUUUUGACACAUUCCCAGCAGCCAUUCUCACCGUCUUCCAGAUCCUAACUGGAGAGGACUGGAACGCAGUCAUGUACCAUGGGAUUGAAUCCCAGGGGGGUGUGCAUGGGGGAAUGUUCUCCUCCAUUUAUUUCAUCGUACUUACUCUCUUUGGAAAUUACACCCUCCUCAACGUGUUCUUGGCCAUUGCUGUUGAUAAUCUUGCCAAUGCCCAGGAGCUCACUAAGGAUGAAGAGGAGCAAGAGGAGGCUAUCAAUAAGAAACUUGCCCUCCAGAAGGCCAAGGAGGUAAAGGAAGUCAGCCCCAUGUCAGCCGCUAACAUUUCCAUCACAGCGAGUUAUGUCUGCACCCCAGUCCAUCACUACCUGAGUAAGGAGCAGCAGAGGUCAGUGAAGACAAUGUCAGUGUGGGAACAAAGGACCAGCCAACUGAGAAAACAGAACCGUGCAAGCUGUGAGGCGCUGUACAGUGAGCUAACUUCAGAGGAGCGACUGCACAUAUCGUCAGCCCUACACAUGCAGCCAGACAUGAAGACUCACCUUGACCGGCCGUUGGUUGUUGAGCCCCACAGCGGCAGCAACCAGCACCACCACAAGAAGACUUGCUUGCCAGAGGAGGCUGACACAGCCACAGACCCACCUCCCUCUGUAUCUCAAAAGCCCCGCCAUCACCACUACCACCGAGACAGAGAACGAAAACAGGAAACCAAUGAUAAUGGUGAUAGCACUAAAGAUGGGAGGCAUCACGUCCAUCACAACCGCUCCAAAGACCAUGACAGCUGCCGGGACAAACGGGGGAAAAGUGAGAGGUCCCACAGCCGGGAGGGAGGCAGGAAGCACCGCCAUCAGUGUUCAGUGGAUGACAGUGGAGGUUGGGGGAACGUAGGCGAGAGAGAUCACCACCAUCAUCAUUCACACCGGCAGUCCCGAGGUGGCAACGGGACAGUGACUAGUGGAGGGAGGGGAGAGCGAAGAUCUCGCCACAAAGAUGGAAAUUUGUCUAACAGGAAUGGGGAUAGGGAUUCCAGAGGCGACAAUGGUGCCAGUGGAGAGCGAAGAAGGCAUCGCAUUCACGGAUCCAGGGGACACUCCACAGAGUCUAACGACAGAGAGAAGACCCACAGUCACAGGUUUGGGGAUUCAGAGGGUGAGUCCUUGGCUAUCACCCCCCAGCAAGGCUCUGGGGGGACUAGCUGGCCUCCUGACCAUAUAGAAGACUCAGAUAACCAGAGGAAUGUCAGACGAACUGGGCAAACCUCCAUCCAGAUUCCUCCUGUGACUAUCACCUCCCCACCUGGAGAGACCACCCUAAUACAAAUGAACAGUAUUGAUUGUGAAACAGUGCCCAUAAAUGAGAAGACCCUGGAGGAUCUAGGCCCAUGUGGGCCCAAACCCAUCCUGCCUUACAGUUCAAUGUUCAUCUUUGGACAGACCAAUCCGGUGAGGCGGUUGUGUCACUAUAUUGUGACUCUACGUUAUUUUGAGAUGUCCAUCCUGGUUGUCAUUGCUAUGAGCAGUAUUGCUCUGGCAGCAGAGGACCCUGUCUGGACUAAUGCACCCCGCAACAAUGUGCUCAAAUAUUUGGACUAUGCCUUCACUGGUGUUUUCACUUUUGAAAUGGUGAUCAAGAUGGUGGACCUGGGGCUAUUGCUUCAUCCUGGAUCCUACUUCAGAGACCUGUGGAACAUCCUGGACUUCAUAGUGGUCAGUGGGGCACUGGUAGCAUUUGCUUUUUCGAGCUUCAUGGGAUUGCAACAAGGUGUGACCAGGGGAACCAAAGGCAAGGACAUCAGCACUAUCAAGUCAUUGAGGGUUCUUCGAGUUCUCAGGCCUCUGAAGACCAUCAAGCGCCUGCCAAAACUCAAGGCGGUGUUUGACUGUGUGGUUAACUCUCUGAAGAAUGUGCUGAACAUCCUCAUUGUUUACAUCCUCUUCAUGUUUAUCUUUGCCGUCAUCGCAGUUCAGCUCUUCAAGGGGAAAUUCUUUUAUUGCACUGAUGAGUCCAAAGGCCUGGAGAAAGACUGCAAAGGACAAUUCCUAGAUUAUGACAAAGACGAGGUGGCCGCCAUGCCCAGAGAGUGGAAAAAGUACGAGUUCCAUUAUGACAAUGUGCUGUGGGCUUUUUUGACCCUCUUCACUGUCUCGACCGGGGAGGGCUGGCCAACUGUUCUGAAGCACUCGGUGGAUGCCACCUUUGAAGACCAGGGUCCCAGUCCAGGCUAUCGGAUAGAAAUGUCAAUCUUCUACGUGGUCUACUUUGUCGUUUUCCCAUUCUUCUUUGUCAACAUCUUUGUUGCUCUGAUCAUCAUCACCUUCCAGGAACAAGGAGACAAGGCCUUGUCUGAGUGCAGCUUGGAAAAAAAUGAGAGGGCAUGUAUUGACUUUGCCAUAAACGCCAAACCGCUAACACGUUACAUGCCUGAGAACACACAGUCCUUCCAGUACAGGAUGUGGAAGUUUGUGGUGUCAGCUCCGUUUGAGUACUCCAUCAUGAUCAUGAUUGCUCUCAACACCGUGGUACUCAUGAUGAAGUUCUAUGGAGCUCCAGAGUUCUAUGAAGCAAUGCUGAAGAAUCUCAACAUAGUGUUCACCACUCUCUUCUCUCUCGAAUGUAUUCUCAAGAUAAUUGCUUUUGGGCCACUGAACUACCUAAAGGAUGCUUGGAACGUGUUUGACUUUGUGACAGUGCUGGGAAGCAUUACUGACAUCCUAGUGACUGAAAUCAAUACUACGGACAGGCUGCUGAACCUGAGCUUUCUGAGGCUCUUUAGAGCUGCUCGACUCAUCAAGCUGCUGAGGCAGGGAUACACCAUCCGCAUUUUGCUGUGGACCUUUGUUCAGUCUUUUAAGGCCCUGCCUUAUGUUUGUUUACUGAUUGCAAUGCUGUUCUUUAUCUACGCCAUCAUUGGAAUGCAGGUGUUUGGCAACAUUGAGCUGAAUGAGGAUACCGCUAUAAAUCACCACAACAACUUCCGCACAUUCCUUCAGGCUCUCAUGCUACUGUUCAGGAGUGCAACUGGAGAGGCUUGGCAUGAGAUCAUGUUAUCGUGCUUGAGUCACCGUACAUGUGAUGAGCGAUCAGGGACCGACGGGAAAGAGUGUGGCAGCGAUUUUGCCUACUUCUACUUUGUCUCUUUCAUUUUUCUCUGCUCCUUCCUGAUGCUGAACCUGUUUGUGGCUGUCAUAAUGGAUAACUUUGAGUAUCUGACCAGAGACUCGUCCAUCCUGGGGCCUCAUCAUCUCGAUGAGUUUAUCCGGGUUUGGGCUGAGUACGACCCAGCUGCGUGCGGACGGAUUUCCUAUAAGGAUAUGUACAAUUUGUUACGUGUUAUCUCACCCCCCCUUGGCUUAGGGAAGAACUGCCCUAAUAGGGUAGCAUACAAGCGCCUCGUCAAAAUGAAUAUGCCUAUUGCUGAUGACAACACAGUUCACUUUACCUCCACUCUGAUGGCCCUGAUUCGCACAGCACUGGAGAUCAAGUUGGCGUCAGGAAUCGUAGCCCAGCGAUUAUGUGAUGCAGAGUUAAAAAAGGAAUUGUCCACAGUGUGGCCCAACCUUUCUCAAAAGACCAUGGACCUGUUGGUGACGCCACAUAAACCCAAUGAGCUCACAGUAGGGAAGGUUUAUGCAGCCUUGAUGAUCUUUGACUACUAUAAGCAGAAUCGAGCUAGGAGACUACAGCAGCAACAGAGUGCUUCGGGCUCCCAGUGCAAGGUUGGGGCUCUAUUUAAGCCAUUGCUGCCUCUGACUCACAUACAGGAGAAAGACCUCCCUAAGAUGUUAAACAGUGUGGAGCCUCCCAGCAUGCUUAGGUACCAGCCUAAAUCCCAUGCCAAGUCUCAGCCACAGACAAGACCUAGCUCCAACUCACUCAACAACGGAGGCACUCUGCCAAGUCAAGAUCACACCAUCAAGCCGUCAUCUUCCUGGGUGACUGAUAAACCCAAAGAAGUGCCAUGGGCUAAGAAUAAGAGAACGAUGUCCCGGGGUCCAUCUGAGGACACUCCAGACACUGCCAUCAAUCAGGAGUCGGUAGAGAUGAAGAAGAUGGAGACCAGUGUGAGCAGUAGAAUUCCAUUCACUGGCCCUGGUCUGGAAAACCAAGGCCGAGCUGCUUCGAUGCCUAGACUCAAUACUGAGCUGCAGUGGAGCCAUUCACGCCACUCUCCAGGGAUUCAUCUAGCUUCUGUCCCUGAUGCCAGCCCUAUGAAGCGCUCAGCCUCAACUGUGACCCCACAGCGGCCCCAAGAGGUCAACUUAAGGGACUACACCCUGGAAAAACCAAGCCAGGAGAGACCCCACCACCAUCACCAUCACCGUCGCUGCCACCACCGUAGAGACCGAGACAGAGAUAGAGACAGAGACAGAGAGAACAGACAGAGGUCUUUAGAUGCACCUUUGGCAGGUCAACCUCCCGGUUCUGCUGGUGCAGUGGGUGAGCCAGCAUCGGAAACAACAGCCUCCAGAGAGCGAGCCCACGACCGUGGACGCUCCCAUGAAAGGAAACACCAUCAUUCCUCUGCAGACAAACAGCGCUACUACUCUUGUGACCGCUACUGCAGCCGGGGACAGUGCCGCUCGAAAUCUUCCACCGCCAGCUGUGCCGCCUCUCCAAGUGAAGGGCUGGAAACCAGCAACAAGCAGGGCAGUGGUUGGGUUAAAAGCAGCCCAGUGGCACUGAGCUCCAAUACUAGCACGCCAAGCCGUGGACGUCGGCAGCUCCCCAAGAUCCCCCACAUCCCGCGACCUGGGGUAGCUUACAAGACUGCCAAUUCCUCCCCUGUGCAUUUUGUGUCCAGCCAGACCUCUCUGAGUCCCGGCCGGCUAAGCCGUGGCCUCUCAGAGCACAAUGCCCUCCGUCACAGCGGCUCUCACCACUUCCCCUGCCCCGUCACUCGUAUCAGCUCAGAGCCCUUCCUGAGCCAGGGCCAGGGCAAGGCCCUGGGUAGCCUCUAUGGCAGCCUCCGGGACCAGCUGGAAGUCUUCCAGGAUAUGGCAGCGCUGUCUCCCAGCCCCUGUGCUGGACACUCCUCUUGGAACGUACUGCCUCGCAUGAUGGGAGCCUUGUCUCCUGCUCAACAACAGAACCUUGGUAUGCCCAAUGGGCACCACAUCAGCUUUGGGAGUAGCACCAGCCCAGGCUCUGGCGUCAGGGCACCCAGGUGUUACCAGGAGGCAGUGAAGGAUGAAUGGUGCUAGCAUGGCUUUAAACAAACCUUUUUAAUGCAUUUUUGAGGAAUUGUGAUGAGUUUUAUCAUCUUCUUUGAAGGCUUUAGUUUACAUCAUCACUGUGUGUGUUUAAUGCUUUAUUGUAAUCCUAACUUGGAGAUCUUAAGUUAUUGAGAACAUCUGGGGAGACUGCUUUAAGGGGGUAAUAUUUGAAUGUGAAUAGAAAAGUAUCCUCUUUAUCAAAGCGCUUGUAGCAGAAAAGCAGACUUUUUGUCAAUAUCAGAUGUCUUACAGUGUCUGUUCUUGAUUUGCUAUUGACACCACCAUACUGAUCCUCAAGCAACUUUCCAUAUAAUAUAUAUAAUAAUAUAUAUUGAGGUAAUAACUCAGUGUACACGUAAAUGGUAAAUGACCUGGUUAUUCUCAUAUAGCGCUUUUAUAGUAUGAACUACCUUUCAGUUUAUGCUUCGUGUUCAAGCAAAUGCACAUUUGCACAUGCACGCUCACAGCCACAUGCCAAGAUUGCAUGCAAUUAGCAUAGAAGCUCCUCUCGAUGAGUGAUGAUAAGCUAAACCACGGGGCGGUACAAAUAUGUUUGUAAUAACAAACCUAAUCAGACACUUAAAUCAUCUCUACCAAGCUGAACAUAGACAUUUUAAAGAAGCUAACAAAGGCAAAGUGGCUAGGAUUAAAGAUAUCCAGAGCUCAGAGCCAGCCAUAAGUAAGCUGCUAUGAGCAAAAGAUCAAAGGAGUUGUGAGGACAAUUAUAGAUAAAGACAAGAGAAAAGGAAUGGUGUUUGUAUAUAUAAAAACAUACUGGAAAAAUCUGUUGCAACUGCUUUUGAGUGGUAAGGUUAAAUAUAUCACAUAAGGGUGAAUGUACAGAAACUCAAUUUCAGUUUAUUUUUUAAUUUUUUUUUUAAUGUACUCUUGCCAAUAGCAGAGCACUGUAUUUUCAGUUGUUUCAGUCAGAGACGAUUCAUGAAAUUCUUAACUUGUAUAUGCUGUCAAUUCCAGUUCUUAGAAAGUAAAUUAGAAUCAGUAAAAUUGAGCAUCAGCACGUCACACUUGGAAAAAAUAUUGGAAAUUGGAAUUGGCCAAGAAAAUUGCAAUCAAUAUAUCUCUUUAUUUAUUCAAACAAUGAACCAAAAAAGUAUUUGUGUGAAGUACGGUCUGUAUCUUGUGUCUGAUCAAGGAAUAUAAUCUGUCAUUUUUACAGAUGAGGUAAUGUUUUACAAUUAUAAUUUAUGCUAACCAUUCUUUAGUUAUUUAAUGCUAAUUCUGUUCUUCCCACUCUGCAUUAUAACAAGAUAUUUUAUAACCUGUCAUAUGCAUUGUAAAUAAUUUGUCAUGUUACAAUAUUCUCCUGAGACCCAACCUAUUCAUUUAUGUCCUUUGUAAUGGACAUUUGCUUUUGGUCUAUAGCUUUUAACCUAUUUGAGCUACGCUACUAAGUUCUCAAUAGAGUACAUCCUGGCAUUUCCAAUUUAGCUCCAAAGAGGCAGGGAAUCACGCAAAAACGUUAAACUGAAAGAGGUUCUCAGGAGGAUAUGACCAUUGCUAGCUGUCAUUUGUUGCAUUUCAGAGUCAGUAUGGUGGUUUCAACACUGUAAGUCAUAGGAUCAGGACAAAAACAAGUCAGUAGUUCAAUAAAAUGGUAUUUGAAAACCUCAGACAUGACACUGUACAGAUAGCUGUGCUGUCUUUAGCUUUGGACUUUACCAUUCCAUGAUGAUGCCUAAUCCUUUUCAACAUUCCCUCAGUGUCAGUGGAAAAGAUGGAAUUCAGACAGUGUCUAAUUCAUACCUCUGCAGAAUUUAGGAAUGAAGUAGCGCAUGAUAGUGGAAAUGGUUUUGUUUGUUUGUUUGAUUGCUGUUGGGAUUUUUUUUUACUGAAAAUUUUCCUUCUAGAUGUUCUCUCUCCAUUGUGCACAUUUUAUACAAUAUGAGGAAAAACAAAGGAGUGUUUUAUGUGAACUGCUUACAGUUUGCCAUUGUUUCAGGUCUAAUGUUUCUUACAGACUUCUUUGCGAUGUUUUAAGACUAAGUGCCUCUCCUUUUAGAUAUACCGUAGAAAAAGAUGCAAUGUCACUGUUUUCUGAUGCAGCCACAUGCAAAUAGAUGUUUGAUUUGUUAUAUAUGUAGCUCUGCAGGAAAAUGUGUUGUAUAGAAAGCCUUAUCUGCAAGCAGAGUCAAUAUCUACACUUAAAAGACAGGAGUGAAAAAUGAAGUUCUGAUUUGUGUGUGUGUGGUUGUAUGUGGUUGUUUUUGAUACCAUGUAGUCAUGUGGGUGGGAACUUAAGGAUCAGCAUUAUGGAAACACUAUGCUGGGAUUUAAUUAUGAAAACUAUAAAUAUAUCAUUCAAUUUAAAUUAAAGUCAGAAACUCAAUUUGCAUGCUAAGAUGUUAGAACUGGUUAACUACCUGAUAUAACCUCUUUUUAUAUUUUUGGUAACGAUGUCACAGUGAGAGCUUAGCAAGUAUCUUAUUCAGGUUGUAGAGUGUGAGUUGGGUCAGCUGCAGUGGAUGGGUAUAGGUGGUUGUGGCUGUUUACUACCCAAAGUAGCAAGGAUUGCUACUUUUUUAUCCAUUUUUUGUCCAUUUUAAUGGACACAAGCUAUGUCUGUGAGUGUGCGUGUGUGUGCCUGAGUGUGCGUGUAUCAGUUGUUCAGAUGCUUGACAUUUCUGGGUCAUUUUUUUUUUCAUCCUUUCUUAUGUAUCAAAAAAAUUAUGUUUUAACAUCAUGCCCAGUAAUUACUGUAUAAUGCAGUUUUACAGCAGUGAUCCAAUUUCUUUAGAAUAAUCAUUAGAAAAAAAGGUCUUAUUCCAGCCCCUAUCUUCACAGAGUAAAGAAAAUAAAAGAGGCAGAGUGAA